GAAUGCUCGCGCAAUCGUUCGCCCCCACGCGGGAUGUUGUUCCCAUUCGCCUCCUUCCCGUCUUCGUCAUCAUCUUCGCCCUCUUUCCCGUCGUCGCUCUCGACUUCACCCCCCCCCGGCGUCGCCAUCCGUCCAGCCAAACCUGUGAUUCUCGAAAAUGCCCUCCGGCCUCGGCUCGCUGCCCCUGUUCAAGAUCUGGACGGCCCUGACCCUCCUGCCGAUCGUACUGCUGCUUGUGUUCUUCUGGCACGGCGACGCUCGCCAACCGGUUUCUCCCCUUCCCGCCGACCAUCUGGAGCGGGCGCUGAGACUGCUUGACCGUGUCCCUGUGGCUGAUGGCCACAACGACUUUCCAAUGAGAGUACGCAUCGCCCGCAACGGCAGCGUCAACAACUGGGACAUGACCCACAUCCCAGAGUUCAACACAGACAUCCAUCGCUUGAAGCAAGGAAAGCUCACGGUCCAGUUCUGGAGCGCCUACGUUUCUUGUCCGGCCCGCUGCUCCGAUGCCUCUCACUCUGUCCUGCAGACCCUGGAGCAAAUCGAUCUGAUCAAGCGCAUUGCGACAGAGAACAGCAAUACCUUCGAGAUUGCCUAUGGAUCGGCCGAUAUCAAGCGGAUCUUUGCUGCAAAGCGCAUCUCGUCGCUCAUUGGUCUUGAAGGCGGCCAUUCGAUCGACAGCUCGCUGGAUAUCCUGCGCGAUGUGUAUGCGCUCGGUGCCCGAUACAUGACGCUCACUCACACCUGCAACACUCCAUGGGCCGACUCCUGUGCUGUGGCUCCAGUCCACGGAGGGCUGAACGAGUUUGGAAGGAUUGUGGUACUGGAGAUGAACAGACUCGGUAUGCUCGUUGACAUCAGCCAUGUCUCGAAGGACACCAUGCUUCAGGUGGCCGCCAUCACCAAGGCGCCCCUCUUCUUCUCCCACAGCAGCGCCUACGCAGUGAACCCGCAUCCUCGCAACGUGCCCGACGAGGUCCUUCGACUGCUUCCUGAACUUGAUGGCAUUGUGAUGGUCAACUCGUACCCUACCUUUGUGACCGGCUCUCGAGUUGCGUCACUCAGCGACAUUGUGGACCACAUCGAGUACAUUGCCAAGGUUGCAGGCCCCCAGUACGUUGGGAUCGGAGCUGAUUUCGACGGCAUCGACGUGGUGUCUACCGGGUUUGAGGAUGUCUCCAAGUACCCACACCUGGCCGCCGAGCUGCUGCGACGCGACUUUACCGAGGACCAAGUCGCGGGCAUCAUGGGCGGCAACUUGAUCCGUGUCCUUGAAAAGACCGAGCAUGUUGCGCAGGAGCAGCAACGACAGGGCAUCAAGCCCUUCGAGCAGCUGAUCGGCGACAGAUCCCGCUGCUGAAGUGCUGGAACUGGAGGGAUGAAGGACCCUGGUGCCCUGCAUCGGCAAUACAACACUCGGCUCCCAUCGCACACUG